AUGUCGGUGCCGUCCAAGCCGGACCGGAGCUUACUAGACCGGCUUAAUGCGCUUAAGCCGUCGAGCGUCUCGUUGGCCGCGCCACAGCAGAGGUAUCUUGGGUCACAACAACUCGUCAUGUGGCUGGAUACAGUCACAAGAGAAGACCGCCUAGCCGCACGCCUAAAAACGCUGCGGGAAGUGCGCGAUGGAAAUGGCAGCGAUGGUGACAAUGCCAAUGACGUGAGUGGCAAGUCGGAGAAGCAAGUAUCAUCUUCAUCAGAGAAACAGUCUUUGAAGAGUGGCGGUGCCACAGCAGAUGGAAACAGUCCUAGGGCAGCCGACGCCGAAGAAGGCGAGGUGGUAGACGACCCGCUGUUCUAUGUCGAUUACGAGGCCGUCGACGAUUUGCUGCUUGAUCUCGCCGCAGAAGGCCUCGGUGAGGAUGAACUCGGCGAAAGCGAUGAUGAGGCUGACCGUCUUGCACGUGAAGAUGGAACGGACGGUGGUGGUGACGAUAUAAUACCACUGCCAAGCGUCCCAAAGGAUCUGAGGGAUGCAUCCAGUGGCGAAGAAGACGAUGAUGCAGACAACUCCCAAAUGGUUGAGAAUUUGUUGAAGAGCCUGGACGGGACGGCCUUCAAAGACGAGAAGCUAAAAACCAGCAAGAAUGGUGCCCCGGAGACUGCCUCAAAAGACGCUGACUCGGACGACUCGGACGGCGAAGAUAUGGAGCGUGAAGUGCGACGUGUCCUGGAACAGAACCAAGACGAGGCUGACCUGGCCAGACAAAGAGGCGAAGGCGGCAACGAGCAAGCAGAUGAAGAUGAAGACGAAGAUAUUGUCACUGGUCCUCGCAAACGCGACCCCAACCAGGAGGACAAUAUCCUACCACGGGAUAAGCCGAAAGCCACAGACGACGUCAAAGACAACUUUUUGGGCCUCCCGACCGUCCCGACCAAACUUGUCGACCCGCCACCGUCCCCGCCGUCGCUCCCCUCUGCGCCUACCCAAAAUUUACCCAACCGCGGCGACGACGACGACGACAUCUCUGCCCGCCUCGCUGCCCUGCGGGGCCUCCAGGGCAAGGCCACCGGCCUCGGCCAGACCGACGCCGUUGGCAUGCCCUCCGCCCCGACCUUCCACCCGGGCGAGGAAGAGGGCGGUGUCUUGAAGCGCGGCCACUACGGCCACGGCCGCCGCAACUACACCGAUGUGGACCAGAAGGCCUGGUGUGUCGUGUGUCUAGAGGACGCGACGGUUCGGUGUUUGGGGUGUGCCGACAACCAAGAAGGGCCCGAAGAGGACCAGAACAAUGCCUACUGUGCCGGCUGCUGGCGGGACAUGCAUGUCGGACCGGCCGCCGGUUUCGACGAGCGCGGGCACAAGCGAGUGCCUCUUAUGAGGUGA